CAAGUUGGCAGAACUGCUUGAAAAUGGCUAACGCCAAGAAUCGCGAUUUUUUUGUUUGGGAAACGUGCGUCUUAAAAACAUAAAUUUUGUACAUUAGCAAAGCUGUAAAUCAUAUUAUUUUAUGAAAAAUAUUGAAACUAAAAUACUAGUUAACGUUUGUGUGUAUUAAAAACGCUACAGAAGAAAUAUUGUGCUGAAAAUACUGAAUUGAAAUUUUUGCAAUUGGAAGCAAAUUUACGAAGUGAAUUUUGUUGGUUGUGUGCCUCUCAGCCACGGUUGUGGUCGUCAUUGGUUGGUCGGCUCUGCGAGCGCUGGCGAGUGGCAGCAGGAUUUCACAAAUCGUAACUCAAUCCAACCACAUUUACUAUUAUAAGAAAUGUUGAGAUCAUAAUGGAAACCAUGGAAACCUCCAAUGAACGAGUGGACAGUAUUGACUCUAAGGGCGACUCAGCAGCUUCAAGUAAUCAAUAUGUGGACGAUGAGAGUCAGGGAGAUGCGAAUUUAAAUGAAGAUUUAAAAACUGAAUCCACAAUAACUUUUCUUGAUAAAGAAGUAGGCGCAACGCAGGAUAAUGAUGCUUAUAAUGACACAAGGAAGCAGGAUGAUGAAGAAAAUUCAAUAACAGAGGAUGGCAUGAGCACAGAUGCUAUAAGUUUUGACAACUCAACAAUUCUACCAAAGGCUUCAAAUGAUACUGAUUACGAUGAGAAGUUGGUUAAAUCACCGCCAACAAAAGGUGAAGCCGAGUGUUCCCAUGACUCCAUUGAGCGAGAGAAAAAUAAUAUUCGUGAAAUUCAUAACGAAUUAAAAACUCCUAUAGCAGAAUUAGCAAAUGAAUUACCAUCAAAAGAAAAUAAAGAUUUCAAAACUGCGGCCGCAGAAAUUUCUCAACAAAAUUACGAAAAUUCACUUAGAUGCCAGAACCACGAUUUCAUAAGUGAAGUUAAAGAAAACAAUACCCGUUUCCAAUAUGAUGACGCAGAAGAUUCCACGGAUAGCAGUAUUGUGGAGAAUAGUGCAGUGGAGCAAGAAGAUAAAACCAAUUUAUCUACAUAUGGUGUCGAAACUACCGAUGUAGAUAAGAUUGAUCAAAGGGAUGAACAGAAACCGGAGGUUUUGGAAAACGACCUCAAUGUCGAAGAAAAUGAAAACCUGAAAGAAAAUAUUGCAGCAAACGAAGAUAUUUCCUUUCAAAGUAUUUCCGACAUCAAUGAGGAGGGAAACGAAAAUUUGAAAGAAAAUAUUGUGGCAAACGAAGAUAAUACCUUUCAUAGUAUUCCCGACCUCAAUGUAGAGGAAAACGAAAACCUGAAAGAAAAUAUUGCAGCAAACGAAGAUAAUUCCUUUCAAAGUAGUGAAAGCAAUACCAAACAGACUUCAUCACCACUCAACCCAAAUGACGAUUUCUUAAGUGAAGAGCCACCAGUAAAUGCGAAUUCCGUGGAAAGUUGCAAUGCUAUGGAUACACAAGAAGAUAAUGAUCAAGAUAGCGAUAUAAAGCAUAUUGAGGUUUCAGAAAACAAUAAUACUAACGAAGAACAAGAAAAUAAAAGUGAACUCAUCCAUGAAGAUUCUAAUAUCACAAGAAAUGAUGUGAGUGACGAAGAUAUGUGUAAAGAAGUAAAAGAAAUUGAAAUAGUUGGCGAAGAAAGUGUACAAGCACCUGAGAAUGUAGCUAUUGACAGCAAUGUUAAAAACGAUGAGAAAAGUGAAGAAGAUGCAAUGAUGAAAGAUACACUAAUUAGCAAAGUAUUGACGAUGAAAGAUAAAGACACAUUGUUAGAUUCAAAAAGUUGGAUACAAGAAAUUAAUGUGCAAACGCCAGUAAAGUUGAACGGUGAUCACAAAAUGACCCCAACGUCGAUAUGGGACGCGCAAAAGGAUAAUAGCACAGAACUUGAUACACAAUUGGAAGCUAAACCAUUGGAAGUAACUGAUGAAGAGCAACCAAAAGCUGUAGAACUGGAAGACUUGGAAAUGUUUAAAAAUGAGUCAACAAUACCUACUGCGGUUGAAACUAAACAAGACGAUGAUAUGGAAUUAGAUAUUGACAAUAAACAGGACGAAACGGGAUUAUCUAAUCUGUCAAUGAGUGCAGAAAGUCAACAGAGCCAAGUUAAUUGCGACGAUGAAAACAGUCACUGUUCAUCUCUAGCAUCCAUUGAAUCUAAUUCAACGGCUACAUCCUCUUCGCAACAGCUUGUUAUCGAUCAACCCAUGGAUGAAUCGGAGGCUGCUGCAUCAGUUGCAAGUAUUGGUUUGGGACAAAUAAAUUCAAUAACACAAUUAAAGGAUAAGCCAGACAAAGUAAAUAUUUCAAAACCGUCAUUGAAAAGAAAACUAAGCGAAUCUAGUGAAACUGGCUUAUCACCGCAACAUAAACAACCACAUAUAGAAUUAGCAACAAAUGACAACGAAAACAGUAGAUAUUCCUGUGAUAAGGAUCAGACUGAGGCAUUGCCUGAACUCAUUACAGAUGAACGCAAGUCCGAGGAGUUUACAGACAUUACCCAUAAGGCUGUUGCUGAACAAGUACCAUUUAAAUCAUUACUCUUACAGCAUUUACAAAAACCAUAUUCGACACCACCACCUACAGAGAAGUCCGAAGAUUUAGCGCCACCACUUUGCACACAACCACAGGAAACGACAUCAUUUGAUACAAAUCCACAGAAGCUGCCUGCGACGAAUGCAAAUUCCAAUGGAAAUACAACCACCUCCACAAAGUAUUUGUGUUUUAAAUGCAAAGUUGGUAGUUUUGUUUCAUUUGCGGCAUUAAACGAACACCAACGAGAAUGUCUGGCGGAUACACGCCUAUUACCAGCAAUAUUGAAUGAAAAUACUAGUCUAUUGCCUCUAACAAUUGCACCUCAACUUGUCACGCCACCAUCUUCGGCAUCUCCAGACGCUACAGUGGAUAUGGCAGCAAAAAAUGUUGUGCUACAAACCACAGCACUUUCAACUUUUAUACCGCCUCCCAUAGCAGAUGCAGCCGCUCAAAAGAAAAAAUAUUACAAAUGUUCCAGUUGUAAUACAUUUCACGAAAAUUGGAAUCUGUUUUUGCAUAUUCGUGACAAACACCAGCGCCAUAUGUGUUUGUACUGCAUACGUUUCUUUCCCACAGCAGAGAAACUAUCAGUGCAUUUGGAAAUCAAACACGAUCUGGAACAAAACCAUUUCAAUUCAGAGGAGGCGCUAAGGAAAAGUGUUUGCAUAGUAGACGGUACGCCUAGUGAGUCGCGGUUCCUAAUGUGCUGUACGUGUCAGCAUUUGUUUGAAGAAACUGAACCUUUUUCCGAUCACAAUUGUGCGGAAUUCAUGAAACCCUGUACACUAUGUGGACAGAAAGGUCGACACAGCAAUCAAUGUAAAGCGCAUCCAGACGCAAAACGUACUUCGAAGACAAAGAAACGAUUGAAGAAAUCAAUCAGUGAAGCACCAAUAUCCGAUCCAGCUAGAAAUCAGAAAUUAGUGCCGCCAAUACCGUCAGUUGGUACCGUUUCAAAUGUAACUGCUUUUAACUGUGAUAUCAACCAGAACAGUCAGACCACGGUGGAGGCACCAAGACCAGUACCGGAUAUACCGUUGCAUAGCGAAGAUAGUAACAGCAGUAGCAAUAUGGUCAUCGAUGAAUCCUGCACAACAACACACAGCUCACUUGUGAAUCCAUUUAAAGAACUGGAUGAGCGUUGGCGCCUUGAGCAGCAAGCUCAAAAUAAAACCGAAACGAACACUUUCUCUGCGAGAAAUCCGUCACCAGUCGAGCCGAAAUUAAUAGUGCCGAAAUUUAAAUUAAGAGUGCCAAAAGAGUUCCAGAAAUCGGUUGAUGUGGCACUUAGCUCCGAGGAAAGCGAGGCGGAUGAAGAGGAGGAAGAGCAUGAAAGUGCAGUGCAUGGAACUGGUGAAAAGCCACAGACGACAAAUCACAAAAAGGACUAUAAUAUAACAGAAACUACGACAGCUUUUCUAAAUGAAAACAGUGUACAUUUAAAUUCGGACACUAAUAGUGCAGUUGCAAUAGCUGACGGACAUGCACUGUCACAAAAACGCAUGGACGACGAUAACAGUCAAGAAAGUCGUUCGAUGGAUAAGGAAUGGUUGGACGGCACUAGUCCGAACCUUGUGCGCAUACUACAAGAAAUUGAACGCACUAAAUUGGACAUACAGCGCACAAAAGAAACACUGCAUCAUACACCAAAAGCGAAGCAAGAGGUGUCUGAGGAAGCGUUAACAACAUCAGCGCAAAAUGCACGCAACUGGACACCUACACCGCCCACUUCACCAAAGCAAGCACGUUGGCCAACACCAAGUGAACCUCAGAAAGACACUGCUAAUCCCUAUACAGAAGCAGUACAACCAGUGUUACUACCACAAGAUAGCCAACCAUUACAGCGAAGAGAUUCUGCAGGAAGUGAUGCAAUGGAUAUUGAUGAGACAAUUACGGCAACAUUGCCACAGCAACCACCAAGAGAAACCGAGGAGCAUGCGCUCAAUGUUGACGCCAGUAGCACAAGCCAGGAAUUGAACACUUCAUCGGAAAGCAGUUCCACAGUGAACAUUUUGAACAGCAGCGCUGAUGUAGCACCUAGUCCAAUACCGCGAGCACAGUUAAUGGACGUUGAUCUUUCACCAAUAAAACAGGAACAAGAAUUGAGCAACAAUGUUGGUAGAGCGACUACAGCAGACAUACAAGCGGAAAGUGAAGAAAUCAAAGAAAAUUUGCUGCCUGCGGACGGAAUUGAAGUGGCGGGCGAGGAUAUUUUAGCAACCGAUUUGCAGCUCGAUCGUCCAUUGGAAAAAAUGGAAAUCGUAGAAUUCCUGCGUACAUGCCUGCGCGCUGUGUAUCCGCUUUGUUUGUACUGUAAUCAUGCGCGGCGCAUCGCCGUGAAUGGACACAGUCUUGUGCUCCAUAUGCUUGCGCAACAUCGCUUCAAUGCCACUGUGGACAGCAUCACGGCAGAGGAGUUGAAACCAGACACAAUUUGCGCUAAAAUGAAGACCUUUCUGCCCGUACUGGAAAAUGAAUUUUUCAAUUCAUCGAGCUACUGCACGAUGGGUGAAGGCGAUUUCUCACAUAUGGCUAAUGAAAGGAUCUUUGAGUGUUUUCAAUGUCGCUUCGUCACAUCUACCCAUAAAGAACUGUAUUUACACAAUAGAAAGAUGCAUCUAAAAACCGCUAUACUCUGUUUUAUGUGCCGUUCGAAUUUCUUCAGUUUCAGUGAGAUUUUGUGUCAUAUUUGCCCAGGCGCACCAAAUAAAACGCCCGUCUUCGAUGUGAAGUUCCGCUGCUGUCUGUGCGAAGUCGACAACAUACCAUCGCCGUUCCGUUUGAUGGUGCAUUUGCGCAAACGGCACUUUGCUUGUGAUGUGUGCUUGGAGGAUUGCCGUGAUCAAGGGCGGCUCUCGUCACACGUGUGGAAACAUAAAUUGCAUCAUCUGUGCUACCGUUGUGGUAUUGCGUACAGAAACAAAAUGGAUAUUACCAAACAUCUGUUUUGGAAACACGGCACUGAGAGUAUAAUUUGCAAGAGAUGUUUACAAAAGCGCUGGCGUCAUGUAUAUCACUUCUGUGUGCCGCCCACCACCUUCAAUUGUGAGGUGUGCAAUUUGUGUUUCUCAAAGGCUAUGUAUUUGAAGGUGCACCAACGUUUGCAUAGCGGCGAUCUGCGUUAUCCCUGCAGCGAGGAGAAUUGCGAUGAAAAAUUCAUAUCACGCAGACUGUUGCUAAAGCAUACCGCCACACAUUUGCAACAGGAAAUGCAUGCAGCCGCUUUGGAACAAAGCUCAAACCACGAUGCUGAAUGUAAAUAUAAGGAAAAGGGAGAAUCUGAGGUGGAUGGUAACAAUGAAAGAAACAACCUCGCCCUUGAACGUACUAAUAAGUCAGAGGAUACCACAGAUAUUAAAAAAGAAAUUACUGAGUCUAACACCGAACCAAAUACACCUGUGAAGUGUGAAGAGAAUGAUGGUAAUUAUAAAGAGGAUGCAGAAUUUAAGUCUGGCGCCAACGCUGAUGUAAAAAGUGCUGAUCUUUCGAAGGAUGAGAAAGCGCGACCUGAACAGGAUAAAAAUGAGGAGACUCCACGCAAAAAGAAAAAGAAGAAUAAGCGUUCCAAAGAAUCUCUGGAAGAUUUGAAUCUAAUUGCGCCGAAUCUCUCAGAGAGCGAUAGUAGCGAAGAAUCGGAUGCAGACAGUAAAUCGAAAGGUGAUGACGAUUCACUCGUUCCUAAAGUGAUGCUAUCACCACCUUCCGAGGCUGAGAAUGACAUGGAAGAACUAAAGUCUUCUAAGAUGGAUGGCCAGCAAGCGGCAGGCAACAAAGAAUCUUCAUUGGAGGAUGCGGAAAAUGUGGAUACUGCUGGCACCGGUAAAGUUUUGGAAAUUUGGAAAAACUUUUUGCAAGCUCAACAGGGAAUCGGUACAGAAGCUGCACUUAAAACCGAAGCAGACUAUGAUGAAGACAAUUAUCCUACACCGCGUUUACUACAUGUUGCCUACUCGGAUCAUGAUUAUUGCCAGCUGUUCCGUCCACCAACUCCAUCGCCACCGGUUGCGCCUGUAAAGGCGGCUUCUCCCUUGGCUACACCAUCGCCAACGAAGCGCAAUAAAGUUUCUAAAUCACCAAAACACUCAUCCAGUCGUCGUUCGGCAUCAAGUUCUUCCAGUGACUCCAGCUCCAGCUCAGAUUCAAGUUGUUCAUGCGGUUCAAAUUGUUCAUGCAGCUCUAGUGGUAGCGAUAGCAGUUCGAGUAGCUCCAGUUCAGAUGACAGUGAUUCGUCGCUUGCCUCUAACGCUUCACAUAAACGACAUCGUAAAAAAUCCGAACGCGAACGUUCAAGAAAAAAGAGCGAAAGUGUUUCGCCACUUAAGAAACAUUCAAAUUCGGAGACUAUAAAUGUGGUGGACGAUGAUUUAGCAACCGAAGCGGUAGCAAAUUCAAUAACAGAACCUGCACCAUCCCCACCGAAGGAACCACAAAUUUAUGAGUCGGAUUUGGAGACAGCUGAAUCAGAUACCGAUGAGGAGUUUUACGAUGAGCAUCCACAAAAGCUGGCCAGCGAAUUAUUAGCACAGAAACGUGCUCAAUUGAUAGCACAAACUCGUUUGUCACCCUCGCAUAAUUACGAUAUUGUGGAGAACAGCAGACCGUCCACGCCCUCAUUGCCAGAAGAUGUUGUUUGUGAAACGACCAGGGUCAAAUUGAAAAAGAAAAAACGUGAUCGCAAAUCAAGCUGCAAAACGAACUUAACUGUGCAUGCAACAAUAACAGCGAAGGCGAAGAGUGAAAAGAAUAAAACGAUUAACGAAACUGUAACCCCAGUACCUCUGAGUGGUGUAGAUAAUAUACCAUCUUAUGAAAUGGCACAGUCUUCAACAUCAAUUACAGAACCGCCAGUGGUACAGCAAAGCAAUAUGAUAUUGCCAUAUGCUGCCUUAACACUGCCAGUCGUCGAACAGUUGACACCGCGUCCAAUAGUAUCACAUCUCCCCAGUAGAAUGAGUGAAGGUAGUAGCUGUUCGGAUGCAGACGGUUCCUUAAAGCGCUCUAAACGCGCACGUCGUCCCAAUAAAUUUUACGGCUACACAAGUGACGAUGAGAAUAGUGGCAUUAAUUUGGGACAGCCUUUGAUGAUCGGCAUGCGCGCCAUCAAACCACAACCGCCACCACAACUGACAUGGCGCAAAGAAGAUUUACCGACGCCUUCAAAAAGUAUUGUUAAUCCAAAGGUUAAAACCGCAAGAACACCAAAAACACCAGGAACGCCAGUAAAUGCACUAAGCAGUGGUAUGCUCAACAUAACUGCUUCGACCUCGACAAAGAAAAAGCGCACAGCAGAGAGCACUGAAAAAGCGUCGUCGGCACGUAAGCGUCCCGCAAAGAAGGCAACAUCGUCCAAUAAACUCCCGCCAAUACCCACACUUAAAAUACGGCCAUCGCAACUGGGCCUAAACAAUGACGGUACGGCCAGUGGAACGGAACAGUUCCCAACGCCGCAAAUAUAUUCAUCCAGCAAAGAUACUGAUGACGAGGACGAUGACAACAGCAGUGAUGCCUCCACUGGCGAGGAGGAGGCGCACGCACAUGCCAGUUUAACGGCGUCGACAUCGCGACAACAGUGGAACAACAAUUCGCACUUGGCGACGCCAGUCCCUGCUGUACAUACACAACAACACCUAACGGCGCCAGCACCACCACCAGUCGUACAAACACCACAAGCCACAGUGUUUAACCAUAAGAUACCACCAGCUCUGUUACCGAAUCCAAAUUUUGAAACACUACAGUAUUUCAAAGCCAACAAUAUACGCUACCCAAUACGUCCGCCAGCCGGCGCCCGACAGGCUCGCGAUGGCGAAUCGGUAUACUGCUAUUGUCGCUGUCCCUACGACGAGGUAUCCGAAAUGAUUGCGUGCGAUGGCGAAAAUUGUCUCAUCGAGUGGUUCCACUUUGAGUGCGUGGGCAUUAUGGUGGCACCGCAGGGCAAGUGGUUCUGCGCCGAAUGUCGUCCCAAAUACUCUGAAGAGCUCUAUCCAACUGGCGGCAAUGUAUAAAAUAUGGUCGGAGCACGAAUGAAGAAGUGAAGUGAUAUAACAAAUAGAAAUUUUACAUGAAGUCCUAAAUACGCUUAUUAAUUAAUAAUUUCCUCUACUCUAAAUUUAACAAUAAUAUUACACAGAAAAUCAAUUAAUAUUAGUGUUGUAGACUAAAUAUAUACAGAUUUUGGCGCUGUUUAACAUUUCAGAGGUGUUGAGAAUUAACACUGGUUUUAAGUGAAUAUAAAACCGGAACUGGAAACCACGUUUUUAGUGCGCCUACGAAACACUUGAACUUGAAACUGGGUGAAUAACACUAAUAUCACAUACAUUUAUGCAAUACAUUGAUUUUAGUUUAUUAUAACGCAAGUAUGUAGUAUGUAAAUAUGUAAUUAUGUAGUCGCCUAUAAUUAAUUGCUCAUGAAAUUGUCAUUUGAAAUUUGAGAAGUAGAAGAAACAGCGACAAAAAUGCUAUGGAAGCAAUGAAAGCAAUUUCAAAAUGUUAUUUUUUUUCUUUUCUUUGUGUUAGAUUUAGUCGAGCUGUUGCCUGCACUGGAGCAGCAGCUCAUUUCUUUAUAGAUAUAUAUAUAUAUAUAUGUAUGUGUAUAUGUGGGCAAGAAAGUAAGCUGCACAAUUUGAAUUAAGCUUGUAAAUACUAAAUACACAAAUUCUCGUAAGUUUGUUGGUACGCUGCUGUACAGUGUAUCAUAUUUAUUUGGUGGUACGUCAUUUGAAAUUGGGUUUCGUUAUACGAUCUCCCAGUAUUUAAAAUAUUCAAAGGUUUUUGAGAUAACUUAGACUUAUUCAUAUAUAUAGUAGCUAAGCUCGCUAUAAUUAAUAAUUAGUUUGCGAAUUCAAAUAAACAUUGAGUUUCAUUUACUUUGAAAUAAAUAUAUAUGUAUGUAUGUAUGUA